AUGGAGGAGAAGAGGCUACAUGAUCUCGAAAGAUUGCUGUUGCGGGUUAGAGUUGUCAUUGAGGAGGCAGAGGCACGUCACAUCACAAACAAAGCUAUGGUGCAUCAAUUGAAUUUAUUGAGGAAAGAAAUGUACAGAGGCUACUUCACUAUGGAUAAUUUCAGGUGCCAAGGAAUUGAGGAUAAAGAUCAUGAUGUGAGUCACUCAUUUGCCCUAUCAAAAUUCAAUCCCUCCAAGCGUCUCUUUUUCUCCAAUCUUGACAAAAGUAAUAGGGACAAAGAUCUGCAGCAAGUGACAGGAAAUUUGAAGAACCUCAUGGAGGAUGUGAAUGAGCUCAUUAUAUUUUUGAAGAACUAUCCUCCACUGUACAGGCAACCUUAUAGCAUGCACUUGAUUGUUGGCAUGUGCAUGUUUGGUCGCCAAAUGGAAAUGGAGAGGAUCAUGAAUUUUUUGAUGCAAAAAGAGCAUCCUGCUGGCACGGAGAGUGCGCGUGUUCUACCUAUUGUUGGCCCAACAUUUGUUGGAAAGAGCACCUUAGUCGCACAUGUCUACAAUGAUCCGAGAGUGCGUAACUACUUUUCUCAAAUCAUGGUAAUUAGGGGAGAUGAUAUCAAUAAUGCAAAUCUGGUCAGCUUGAAAGAUGCGGGUGUGAUCAUACAUCGAAACAAUGCCAUGGGCGAGAAUGAGAGAGUACUGGCUAUUAUCGAAUUCUCAGGGGAUGUUGAUGAGGUUGCAUGGAAUAAUUUGUCUAGCACUGUCACUGGCACCAUAGGCACCAACGACACCAAGAAAAUCAUAGCGAAACCGAAAAUUGACAUAGAAGAUAAAAUCGAUGACAUACCCGUCGACGUUGAGACCCACGCAAAGGAUAUGACCAUGAAGCACCACAUGCACCUCAGACAACACCAGGACUCGCUCACCAAGAACACGGGCAAUAUUAGAGAAACUCUGGAAAGGACAAAAGCUUACCGACGAGAUCUUCACCGGUAA